UACACACACAUAUCGCUGAGCAAAAGAAUUAAUUUGUACAGUAUGUUCAUUGCUUCCUUUUCUCCUGGAAUUCAUGAUGAAGUUUUAGGGAGGGUGGUGGAGGAAGGGAAAACCACAUUCGAAACCCAUCAUUCUCUACAGUGUCAUUUCGAAAGCCAGACAAAAGCCAAAUGAGGAGGCUGGGGAAAAAGUGUACAACGUAGCAGCUGAAAAUCACCCUCCAUUUCUUCUGGAGCCCGGAGGUUAUACCCAGGCAUCACAAUAGCUGCCCUUCUCACAGACACCUAACUGAACCCUCAGGUUUCUACCUUGACUACAAGCAAAAUUGCAGUGAAUGUCACUUGAGUAAUAAACAGAGCCAUACAGACUACGCAAGUCAGGACACUGACUUGUGGGUGGAGCACUAAAACAACUGAUUUCUUCAUUUUCCACUUAGCAAAGUCAUGGAAGACCUCGAGGAAGCAUUAUUUGAAGAAUUUGAGAACUACUCCUAUGGCCUAGAAUAUUACUCCCAAGAGUUUGACACAGAGGAGAAGGUUCACCUGGGAGUUGUCCACUGGAUAUCCCUGGUGUUAUGCUGCUUAGCCUUUGUUCUGGGCAUUCCAGGAAAUGCUACUGUCAUUUGGUUCACAGGAUUCAAGUGGAAGAAGACUGUCAGCACUCUCUGGUUUCUCAAUCUGGCUGUUGCAGAUUUUAUUUUUCUUCUCUUCCUGCCCCUAUACAUCUCCUAUGUGGCAAUGAAUUUCCACUGGCCCUUUGGCAGUUGGUUGUGCAAGGCCAAUUCCUUCAUUGCUCAGUUGAACAUGUUUGCCAGUGUUUUCUUCCUGACAGUGAUCAGUCUGGAUCGCUACAUCCACUUGAUCCAUCCUGUGUUAUCCCAUCAACACCGAACCUUAAAGAACUCUUUGCUAGUUAUUUUGUUUGUUUGGCUUUUGGCUUCUCUAAUGGGUGGCCCUGCCUUAUACUUUCGGGACACCUGGGAGUUAAAUAACCACACAGUUUGCUAUAAUAACUUCCAUGAGCAUGAUCCUGACCUCAUUUUGAUGAGGCACCAUGUUCUGACCUGGGUGAAAGUUACUGUUGGGUACCUCUUCCCUCUGCUGACAAUGAGCAUUUGCUACUUGUGUCUCAUCUUCAAGGUGAAGAAGCGAAGCAUCUUGAUCUCCAGUAAACACUUCUGGGCAAUCUUGGCUGUGGUCAUGGCCUUUUUGAUUUGCUGGACUCCUUAUCACCUAUUUAACAUUUGGGAGCUUACAAUUAACCACACUAGCAAUUUUCACCAGGUACUGAAGGCCGGAAUACCUCUCUCCACGGCCUUGGCAUUCCUCAAUAGUUGCUUGAACCCCAUUCUUUACGUCCUGAUCAGUAAGAAGUUCCAAAAGCACUUUCGGGCCUCCAUUGCUGAGAUAUUGAAGUACACACUGUGGGAAGUCAGCUAUUCUGGGACCAUGAGCGAACAGCUCAGGAACUCGGAAACCAAGAAUCUGUGUCUCCUGGAAACAGUCCAGUGAAUUAGAACUCUUCCACAAAUCAGUAUAAAUCAUUUUAAAAUUAAACAAAUUUCUUUUUAAGUGUGGGGUCCCACACUGAUAUAAUUUCCACUUUCUAUUCCUAGCACUACAUUUAUAUGGACAUCAGUAUAGGAUGCUUUUAGGUUAUUUGAUUCCAAGAUAUACAACUGAUCCUAUUCUUUUGUUUUUUGUUCAAUUUAUUGGAAACACAUUUUUGCAUACCUAUAAAGCUUAGGAUCUUCAUUAUUUUGUUCAGUUACUUAAAUUAUCUGUGUCAUUCUUGCUAUUUACAUUAUAGAGAAUCACCACUAUUAAGGCAAUUUCAGCAAU